UAAAGAUGGUUUUCUCAAAGGCCCAAUGUCUCGUCCUUCUUCUCCUCUGGAACUUCACUGAUGCUGGACGGAUUCUGAUGAAGAUGAAGCAGCGUGUGCGGGAUGUUCAGCUGCAGAGAGCGAAGCAGCAUCUGCUGACGGUCGCUCUCCAACACGUGAAGGAGGGCCGGAUCCACCAGCAGCUCGACCACUUCAACCGGCAGGACGCUAAAACCUUCCCUCAGAGGUUCUUUGUGAACGAGGCGUUCUGGCAGCGCCCCGAUGGUCCCGUGUUCCUCUUCAUCGGAGGAGAAGGACCCGUCUAUGAGUUUGAUGUUCUGGCAGGACACCACGUUGACAUGGCUGCAGAGCACGGAGCGCUGCUAUUGGCUGUGGAGCAUCGUUUCUAUGGCGAGAGCAUCAACCCUGAUGGCCUCAAAACAGAGAACCUGGCUCACCUGAGCAGCCAGCAGGCGCUCACUGACUUGGCUGUUCUCCACCAGUACAUCGUCCAGAGCUUCAGUCUGAGUCGCAGAAACAUCUGGAUCAGCUUCGGCGGCUCGUACUCUGGAGCGCUGUCCGCCUGGUUCAGAGGAAAGUUUCCUCACCUGGUGUUCGGAGCCGUGGCGUCUUCUGCUCCUGUCAAGGCCGAGUUGGACUUCUCUGCCUACAGUGAUGCAGUUGGCUUGAGUCUCAUGAAUGAAGCAGUUGGGGGCUCAGAGAAGUGUGUGUCUGCUGUGAGGGAAGCCUUCGGGGCUGCGGAGGCUCUGAUGAUCAGGAACGUCAGUCAGGUGGCCAAAGACUUCAGAUGCUGUCAGACCCCCAAAGACCACCGGGAUCAGGUGGAGCUGAUGCAGAGUCUGGCUGAUAUCGUCAUGGGAACAGUGCAGUACAAUGAGGAAUCAGUGCUGAUGUCUAUCAGUGACCUGUGUGGAGUGAUGACCAAUCAGAGCGCAGCAUACGAGACGGAGAGGGAGCCUUACCAACGCCUGGUUAAACUCUCACAGAUCUACCGCUCCAGCAGCGAGGAGCCGUGUCUGGACGUCUCUCAUGAGAAAACAGUGAAGGACCUGAUGGACACCACCGUCCAAUCAGAGAGGAGAGCAGAGAGACAGUGGACCUACCAGACCUGCACCGAGUUCGGCUUC